AUGGUUGAUACGAAAUUUGCAUGUUUGUUGGAGAAUUUGAAGGUAGAGGAUCCAUGGCUUCCCCCAAACACGUGGGAAUCCAUACCUUCUGAGAGUGGACUGCGUCCUGCUUCAUCAAAUAAAUCAAAACAGCCUCUCUCUCACCUCUCCACUCUCUCCGAAUCAAGUUUGGUGAGGUUGGCCAUGAAUGCGAUGCAAGGUACAAAAUCAUCCCUUGUUAGCAUUCAAAAGAUAUCUGCCAUCUUUUGUUCUGAUCUAGCUGACAGGACCUUCCUCCACAUUCCCAACCUCUGGAAUCGUGCUUCCAGCACUCGUUCUUUGGGAAAUAUACUUGAAUCUAUUGGCUGCACCGCCUCUCUGGUCUUUCUUCUUCGUGCGUUUGUGGACUAUUAUACAAAUAUGGAUAUGGACCUCAGCUUUGGACAGACACGUCAUAACUCUGAUGUUUGCAAAAGCCAGGUUCAUCACGAGGACACAGUGAGAGCACAACAGUUCCCUCCAUUUACACUUGUUAAUCAAGCCUUUGCUGUUGCUGUGGGAAAAGUCUUGGAAGGGUACAUCUGUGGAUUGGACACAAUUCAUACAUCUGUAAUUUUGAGGCGUUCAUCAAAAGAUGUGGAUUUGACUGUGCCCGGGUGUUUGAAGAAUGUAGUGCAUUCUGAAAUCACACUACUUGAGUUUUACCUGCACACAAAAGAAUUAAGGACUCAAAUUGAAGCCCUUGCUAGUGUAUGUAACCUUCAAAAGUGGGCUCUUUGCUUUCCAGAUACGGCUUUCGAGGACUUGGUUACCGAAGCUACUUCUGAAUUUCGUAACUUCUAUAGAGGGGGAAAUUUAUUAACAUUUUUGUUUUCACAGUUACAGGUUGCUGAUCCUUCUCACUGCACUCUGCUCAAGUUUCUUUUUCUUCAAUCAUGUGAACCAUAUUGUGGGUUCAUUAGAUCAUGGAUUUUCAAAGCAGAAAUACAUGACCCGUAUAAGGAGUUUAUUGUAGAAAAUCAGGACUGUUUAACUUCUAAAUCACAUGUUAAAUCUGGCAAUUCUGUUGACUUUCCAUUAGCAAGCGUGAAGGUGCGAGAUGGAGUUCCCAUUCCAGGGUUUCUCAAAGAUUUCUUGGUCCCACUUGUUAGAGCUGGUCAGCAGCUUCAAGUACUGUUAAAACUGCUUGAAAUGUGCAUUCAUGUUGGUACUGGAGAACACAGUUGUGAUGACUUUCUACCCUGCUGGAGUGGCUUUUCAAGCAGUAGUCUAUCUUAUUCAUCUCCAUUGGCUUUCAGCAAAAAUGUUAUAGAAGAUAUGGUUCUUGCAAGAGAAAAUUAUUAUAAAAGGAUGAAUGGGAAAAUUGAAAGCCUUUUGAGCAGUUUAGAAGUUAGAUAUCUGCAGGUAGUUAUGCAUGCUUUAGUACCUUCUUUUGAUAAUGGUGGAGGUACCUUAGACAAACUAGGCCAGAUCAUGUCAGAAAACAAUUCUGUUGGUUGGGCAAUAGCAGAUAAAAGAAGUUUAAAUAUGGGCAUUGAUGAUUUGGGCUCUGAUGUCUCUAGUACAGUGGAUGAGUUCUCCUUGCUGGAUGAUAUGUGUGAUUUAUCUGAAAAUUCAUCCUUAAAGAGCUCUGAGGAGCAAUUGGAUUGUGAUCAGCUUAGUGGCUGGUCUUGUCAGGUAGUUGGGCAACAAAAUCAUUUAUCUGCUUUAAGCUUCCUGAAGAGUGCCGCCUCAAAUAAUUCAAUGCAAGCUUCCUGUCUUCAUGAAAAUUCAAGCAGUCAUUUGGGUGAACUCUGUGAUAAAAGGGAUGCUACUGAUGACUUCGUGAAGUCCCCCCAUGAGGGAAUGCUAUUGAGUCAGAAGUCUAAUUCUCUAAAUCCAGGGAAUACAAGUUGCUCAUAUAAAUCUAGUAUUCAAUAUAGAGGGAAUUUGACUGACAGUUGUUCAGCAAUGGAUGACUUUUUGAAAAAAUCAUUUGAUAAUGAUGUAGCUGUUGAUCCAAAGGUGACUCAAAAGCACCUGGGAUCCCUGAGAUAUUCUAUGUUAUGCCAUGAUGUUAUUACUGUUAGUGAAACUUUGAGUGGGGAGGCCACGAAGGAGGAUCAACCUGACAAUAGUACACUCAUUUCAUAUUUGUAUGAUUUCCAACCACAGAAUUAUCCUAGCAUUAAUCCCCUUAGUGUGAACCCUAUGUUGACAAGAAAUUCAGUUCUUCACCUGAUGGGUGGGAAUGGGGAAAAAUUCAAGGCUGAACAUGAACAGCCUUUGCCUUACUUCAACUUUUCUACUGUAGAGGACCCAUGUAAGGUUUAUAUUGACAAGGUACCCACCAACUCUAGAUAUAGUAGUGCAUCUUCAUUUACACUACAUAGUAAUGUGUUGAAUCGUAAUGCUAAGAAUAAUGAACAUGAAGAAAUUGGUCAUGGUAGAGAGAAUGGGUUAGUUGAUGUUCCAAAGUUGUGUUCUUCACUGGACUUGAUGAACCAUAAACAUUUAACCGUUGUAUCUGGUGGGAGCAGCUGGGAGAGAUUGCUGAGUAGUUUUGGAAAUACUGUCAAUUGUGAAGAUACUCGAAAACAAAGUUUAUCAUCAACAUUUGAGAUACCACUCGAUAUUAUACUUGACAAGUGCUUGCUGCAGGAAAUCAUGCUUCAGUAUCCUUUUCUUCAUGUUUGUCUUGAUGGUGCAAUCAGUUCGAAAGUCUUUGAUGACAGUUCUUUCAAGCUUACCAUCAAUGUGCUCGAGGAAGCAUUUAAGUUGCAAGAUCAUCUUUUGGCACUCCGGCGGUAUCAUUUUAUGGAAUUAGCAGAUUGGGCAGAUUUGUUUAUCUUGACUCUUUGGCAUCAUGUAUUCCUAAAUUCUGAUUCCCAGGGACUUAAGUGGUCUGUUACAGAAGCAAAUGAGAGACUUUCAGAAAUUCAAGGUCUACUUGAGUUGUCAAUUCAGAAAUCUUCUUGUGAACAAGACACUCACAAGGAUAGGUUGUUUGUGUACAUGAAAGGACAUGGGAAAUUGCCUCUUUCUGCAUCUGUCAUUGAUUCUGUAACUAUUCUCAAGGAUGGAAGGAUGUUGGAGGUCCAGAUCAUAUGGUUUCUUCAUUCGCUUGAUCAUAAGCAAUCAAAGGGUAAAACUCAUGCUUUGAGUUUGCUGACUGCAUCAUUGGUUAAUGACUAUCAUGAGAGCUGA